AUGCAACAGGUGGUGAUCUCAGAGGGCUGCGCCAAUCAGGGCGAUUCAUCUGACGGGAGCCAAGGAGGUAAAGAAAUCGACCUGACUCCAGGUUCUCCUCUGGUCCUGACCCAUAAGAUCAAACUGGUUCCUUCAGGUUCGGGUUCUGGGUCUUGUGGCUGCGAGGCCGACUUCGCUGCCCUGCGGGAGCGUCUGGAAAGGCUGGAGAGGGAGGUGUCGGCUCUCCGGGAGAAAUGUGGAGGACCCGAGGGAAACUGCUGCACCUCUAAGGAGAGCAAAGGUGCUGGUUGCUCCAUUAAACCGGACUCCGAGUGCCCCAACGAGUGCAGCGAUCAGGGUCGCUGUGUGGACGGAAAGUGCGUCUGCUUCCCAGGUUUCAGCGGGCCGGACUGCAGCAGCUCCAACUGUCCAGGGAACUGCAACGACAACGGCAGGUGCGUCAACGGACAGUGUGUGUGCGAUCCCGGUUUCGCUGGUCCCGACUGCUCCCAGAGCGCCUGCCCCGACAACUGCAACGACCGAGGCAGGUGCGUGAACGGCAGGUGUGUGUGCGACAGUGGCUUCUCGGGUCCUAGCUGCUCGGGCGAUUCCUGUCCUGGGAACUGCAACAACAGGGGGCGCUGUGUUAAUGGACAGUGUGUGUGCGACCCUGGGUUCGCGGGGCCGGACUGCUCUCAGAGGGCCUGCCCUGAUGACUGCAAUGACCGCGGCAGGUGUGUUAACGGCAAAUGCGUCUGCGACAGCGGCUACACCGGUGAAGACUGCUCUGAAGACUCCUGCCCCGGAAACUGCAACAACAGGGGGCGCUGCAUCAACGGACAGUGUGUUUGCGACGAUGGAUUUACAGGCGACGACUGCUCUGAAGACUCCUGCCCAGGAAACUGCAACAACAGGGGACGCUGCAUCAAUGGACAGUGUGUUUGCGACGACGGAUUUACCGGCGACAACUGCUCUCAAAAAGCGUGUCCCAACAACUGCAGCAAACGUGGGAAGUGCGUGAACGGGAAGUGUGUUUGUGAUGUUGGCUUCACCGGGCCGGACUGCGCCGCCAAAGGUUGUCCCAACAACUGCAGCAACAAAGGACGGUGUGUCAAAGGCAGCUGUGUGUGUCGGCGAGGGUUCACCGGACCGGACUGCAGCCAGUGUCUGGAGGGCAAGACUGGACCCAACUGUGACACUGUCAUGUCUGGUGUGUCUCAGCUGAACACUCAGGACAUCACAGAGACGUCCGUCACUCUGGUUUGGACUCCACCUCCCGUCCAGUAUGAGACCUACCACCUCACCUUCACCAGCCAGAAGGAGAGCGACCAGCAGAUAACUGUGCAGGUGGAGGGCAGCCUGACCACCUUCACCCAGACAGGCCUGGCAGCCGGCCAGGAGUACAGUGUCAGCAUCGUCGGGGAGGUUGACGGCAGGAGGGGAUCCGAAAUCUCCACCGAGUUCAUGACCCUCAUCUCCGGUCCAACCAACCUCCAAGUUGUCAAAACGACUUCCACGUCUGCAGUGGUCCAAUGGGAGCAGUCGCAGGGUGAGAUUGAUAAGUAUCUGUUGACCAUCACACCCAACGAUGGAGCAGGGAGGAGUCAAGAGAUGACCAUCUCCGCUGGUCAAAACUCUGCCCAUAUUCAGAAGCUGGAGGCGGGACGUUUGUAUGACGUCAUACUUGUGGCAGAGAAAGGCUCGAGCCGGAGUGAACCAGUAACCACCCAGGCAGUUCCUGGACAGUGGGAACCAAGGGUUACUACAGCUGCUUUGACCAUGCAGAGCAUACAAGAUGUUGGUGGCAUCAAUCAAGGGCUGAACCCUUCACCUGAGGGGCAAGUAUUUGACCAAGAGAGGAGGACGGAGUCCUCUGGUUCAGCAAAAGUCCGAGAUUUCGGUGUCCCUGACUCUUCCAUAUCUGUGGUUGCCAGAACUAAACCUCUAGUCCACAAAAUGAUGGCAAUAAAUGGCACGAGAACCAAAUUAGAGGGAAGACCCACCUUGCCCAGGAAGCUAAAGGUCCCAGGCCCUUUGCGUUUCAAUGCAACCAGAGUUGUGCCUGGAGGGAGGAGGAUCUUCCCUGGCCCUUUGAAAAAAGCCCCAGCAGUGACGAAGAAGGAGCUGACAGUACGCAAAAAACCUGGACCAGGUGUCUCCACCACUGAAGACUCCGUGAAUGUAAAAGAAUCAAGCUCUGAGGGGCAUGAUGAUAAAAAUCCAACUAUGACGCCUGGGACUGAUUCAGAAACAAACAGCUCAGAGGAACCAACUCCUGCUGUUGGCUCCAAAGAGCAACCAGAUGUUGGCAUGGCAAGCCAUGGAAGCGAUGCUGAUACAGCGUCCCCAGGGCUGACUGGGACCAUUCAGAGCCAAGAAAAGAAAUGUAUGAACAAAAUCAAAGUGACACACAUCAGAUUGCCCCUAAAGGACAGAGGCAGUGGAUGUAGAGGGGACGGGAAAGGGCUGGCAAGAAACACAUUAAACUCAAAUCCAGGUUCCCCCAUUUCAAGUGAUAUACCCGCUCCUGGAGAGACAGACCUCGACUAUUCACCAGAUCCCUUACAUACACUCCUGACAGACACUUUCAAGGGUUUGAAUAUCACAACGUUUUCUGUUCACCUGUCCAAACCAUCAGAUGUUUCAGUUGAUGAGGAAACGGUGAGGACGCAGAUUUUAAGGGGAUUAAAACCACUGCCAUCACUCUCCUCCUCAUCAUCCUUAUCAACCUCAGAAUCAUCAUCACCUACAAAUUCAUCAUCAUCAUCUUUAACGUCACUGGUUUCUUCUGCAUCAACAGAAGCACCAUCAGCCUCACGUACAUAUUUAAUUGCAUCAUCACUGCCGCCGCCACCACCAUCAUCUUCCAGCUCAGAUAAAAUCGACCCCCUUGGGAGCAAUGAGCUAGAUGUUGAUAACAGUAAAAGUACCACUGACUCUGUAUCACCUGAAGACAGAAGACUACCACCAUCAGGAAAGGAUCGGGUACCUCUUCUCCACCACACCCCUCUAAAACGUGGAUACAUACGUCGUCCACAUCAAAACACUGGGCAAUUUCAGAAUAAAACCAAUCUAAAUUUGAGAAUUCCUCACCGCUCCCCUCCUCGUUUUGUCCCUGUCCCUAAAAGGGAGACAGAGACCAGUGAAUUAUCAUCUUCACCGUCUUCAUCUAGUUCUGAUGAAUCACCCUCAGAUGAGAUAAAUCCACCAGUGAAGGACACAAGUGGAGAUAAAGAUGAUACGACACCUGCAUCCUCUGUAAUUGAACAAAACCAAAAAAAGAUGCUGACAGAAAGAGGCCGAAUUCCAGUUCGCCGACCUCCUCCUAAGGGGGGACACCUGCGUCGGCCCAUUCUAAAUGUGGGGCUUCUUCAGAACCGAACUCGCCUAAAUUUGAGGCCCUUGAGUCGCCCCUCUCAACCUUUAAAUCCUGACACAGAGACACAGACAGAGCAGGAGCUUACCACUCCAUUAUCUGCCGCUUCAUCUCUUCUUUCCGAAGGCUCUUAUCCAUCUGAUACAGGGCCAGUAAGAGAUAGUAAUGAAGGUGAAACUGGGGCAAGAAUCUCCACAACAAAUUUGUCCACAGAGUCUGAUCAAACUCUCAGAGUUAGUGGAGUGCCUUCCUCACAUCGCCCUAAAGUUGGUUUGUUCCGUCGGACACAACCACACGGUGGAUCUUUCCAAAACAGAACACGCACAAACCUGAGACCGCCUCAGCAUCCACAAAGAGGUCUUGUACGCAAACCUUUGCCAACCAGAAAGCUAAAUACAGGCAGCAUCAUUACUGUUGUAAAUCAAAAUAGCCAACUGGGAGAGGAUGGUACCCAUGAAAACCAAUCAGGAGAGCAGGAUGUCCAUAGGCUUAACCAAGGAGGCCAAAUUAGACAACCAGGAGGACGAGAAGCUGCUGAAGUAACUCCAAAUGGCCAGAUAGAUACUACUGUCAGACCACAGACUAAUGAGUUAAGAAGCAGAGACAAUGCUCUUGUCCAAACAGAAGAAACUGGCACUGCACAUUCUGACAAUAAUGAAGAGAGUGUUGAUGCUGGUGAAAAUAUUAGAACGACAAUUCGAGGUAGACCAACCCUCAAACAAACUUCCUCACAUUCAAGAGCCCCGGCACCAGUCACACUUCCAAAGAGACAACCGCCAACAAGAACUGUUACAGGACUGCGUAAAACCCAGGUGAGGCAAUACAUCAGUGGCAGCCAAAAGGAAGACGAUCCAAAAACAAGUAACACUGAACAGACAGAAAGUGCUGCAUCAGAUAUUUCUUCUUCUGGAGUCAUGAGAGAACCUCUGGACUUUGUGGAUGUGACGAACCGGACCUCUGACGGAUUUACACUAGUAUGGGACUCACCAGAAGGGAAGUACAAAAACUUUGUUGUGACUAGGACAGAAAAAGAUAAAGGCCCAAAGCAGAAGAAAAGGAAGGAAGAGGCAGAAGAAGACUCUGAUCAAGAUGGUGGCACUGAAGUGGAAAAAGGGAAGCACCAACCUAACAAGGAACCCGAAUCAGAAAAUGGAGGUACUGACAACAUUAACAGAAUCCCUGAAGGUUUUGUCUCUCAGGUUCCAAAGAUCCAAAGCAGUACAACAACCAAACCAACAGAAAGUGACAAAAUCGUCAAGAAAGUGCUUCCUGGUUCAGCUCGUUCCUUCCAGUUUGAGGAUCUGCCACCACAGACCGAUUACACCUUGACCUUGCUCGGAAAGGGUCCUGGUCUUCUGUCCAGACUGCACAAGCUUGUCAUCAGCACAGGCCCGGAGCCUCCGUCCAACAUCAUCUUCAGUAAGGUGACAGAAAACUCUCUGACGGUAUCGUGGACCAAACCAAAGAGUCCCGUCAAUGGUUUUAAAGUCACAUACACCCACACAGAUGACGGUGAGCCGGUCUCAGUGACCGUGGACUCUGAGGACUCCAACCUCGGUCUGUCACAGCUCUUACCUGGUUCUUCCUACGAGGUCACAGUCAUCUCCACCCUCGGCCUAGACGAGAGCGAUCCGAUCAAAGACUUUGUCAUGACACUUCCUGACCCGCCCACUGACAUUCGGGCCGUAAACGUCACCGACAGCACGGCUUUGUUGUUGUGGCGUCCGGCGUUGGCUGCCGUUGAUAAGUACGCCAUUGUGUACGGCGCGGGAACAGAUUCAGAGUUGAGGGUCACGGUGUCUGGAAACGCAGCCGAGCAGCAGCUCAGCGGUCUGCAGGGAUCCACCACCUACACCGUCACCAUCACCAGCCAGCUGGGCAGCCUGCAGAGCUCAGCAGCCACCACCAGCUUCACCACCACCGGAGGCUCCGGGAGGGAUGGCGAAGGGCCGCGAGACCUCCAGGCCAACAAUGUGACGCCUCGUACCGCCAUGUUGUCCUGGAAUCCCCCGUCAAGACCCGUUGAUAGAUACAGACUGACCUAUAAGACUGAAGGUCAAGAAAUGAAGGAAGUAAUUGUGGAUGCCACAGUAACGCAGUACAACCUGAGCAGACUCCAUCCUGGAUCCAAGUACAUUGUGCAGCUACAGGCAGACAGAGGAGGAAGAUACACAUCCGCCAUCUCUACUGACUUCACCACCGGCACCCUGAGGUUCCCCUUCCCCACCGACUGCUCUCAGGAGCUGCUGAACGGCAUCUGGAUGUCAGGCGAGGUGGAGAUAUUCCCUCAGGGCAAAACCGGGACGCCGAUAAUGGUUUACUGCGACAUGGAGUCAGACGGCGGCGGCUGGACGGUCUUCCAGAGAAGGAAGGAUGGCUCGGUGGAUUUCUUCAGAGGAUGGAAGGAGUACACCAAAGGGUUCGGAGAUCUGAGUGGAGAGUUCUGGCUCGGCCUCGAAAGUCUCCACAACCUGACAGCAAUGACCAAGAUGAGUCUGCGUGUCGACCUUCGAGACGGAGACGAGUCGGUGUUCGCUCAGUAUUCGACAUUCGAGGUGGCCAAGAGGCACUACAAACUGACUGUGGGCGGAUACACCGGCACUGCAGGUGACUCCCUGACUUACCACAACAACCGGAUCUUCUCCACCAAAGACCGGGACCCGGCGCCCUUCAUCACCCGCUGCGCGAUGUCUUAUCGAGGAGGCUGGUGGUACAAAAACUGCCACGAAGCAAAUCUCAACGGCCUCUAUGGAAUCGAUGUCAAACACCAGGGUAUUAUCUGGACCGCCUGGAAAGGAACAGAGGUUUCCAUCCCAUUCACUGAGAUGAAGAUGAGACCGGCAGCCUUCAGGCCUCCAGCCAGAGGAUGAACGUGAGCGAGAUAAUGAAGAUGAUGAUGAACUGCUAAACACACACGGGCAGCUGUGUGUCAACACACAAACACUCACACACACCGAGCAGACUGAACACACACACACACACACACACACACACAUUUAAACAGGGAGCGUCGCUCUCACUUGAGAAGAGAUGAAGUCGUAUUUUUUCAUUUGUAUAGAGCUCAGUUAUCAGUAUGUUACUGUAGAUUGUACAGGCUCUUUAUUUACAUUAUAAAGCAGCAGCAUUUUAAAGCAACGCAGCUCCCACUUCCUCUAUAUUUAAACACUCAGUUCACACUAAUUUCACCCCCACUGGUGUUGGGCUGCACAGAUGCUUUGAUUUUCAUUUGGGACAUCUGAAACCUCCAACUAGAGGAUAUAUAGAUUCAUUUUUGUGAAGGAUUGACCUGAUCUGAGGGGAGUAUGAGCACAGCUAGACUUUUGUUCUGAACAGACAGAGAUCACAAACACUAGCGGCCGGAUGAUGAUCUGUGAGUUUAUUUGAUCGAUUAACAAACAGCUGAACCUUAAAAACCACCAGUGGAUUUGAAAGGCAUGUUGUCAUUUAUAGAAAUGCCAAGAUUCCACCAUUUAUCAGCCAGAAACUAACAACAAAGGGAACUGUUGGAUUUUCAACUUUCCAGCAGGCCUUGAAAUAAUCAUCUGUGACGGGCCAUUUUGUCAGAAAAUGAUCUGAAUCUAGGCUUAAAAUCACAAUGUUCCAUUAAAACCACUUUUUUUCUAGAUGUCUCUUCAAAAAAUGCGCCAAAAAUAAACAGAUUCUGUAAAAAACUGAAACUUCUGAGCUCCUCGGCGCAACCAUGAAGCCGUGAGUGACUCGGCUACGAUAAUCAGUGGUGUGACAAAAGUUCAGCUGAACUGCAGGCUGUGUUCACGCAGAGCAGAGAGGAGACAAGUGUGGAAACAAACUGAAAAAUGCAAGCAAUAAAAUAUCUGUAGUGUGUAGAUUCAUUAUUUCUUUCCAGUACGGGUGUCACCUGUGGCCACUUGGAAGAAUGUUGUACAUGUUAAUUCCAGGUUUUUAAUUUUUUUUUGUCAAAUAAACGCUCAAAGAAUUCCUUUUUUAUUCUCUUUUUAAUGAUUAAUGUCAUUAUAACUGUUUCAUAUUGCACAGAAGACAUUUUUGAUUUUUCUCUACUUCUAGUCAUGGUUGUGCUGUUUCCAUAGAGGUGCAGGACUUUAUACUGCAGUAAAAAAAAAGGCCCACAGUGAAGAAACUGCUUGUCCAGAGGAUUAAUGACACACAUGCCUGUUUGGACUUAAUCAAAUCUGGAUCCAGUCGAGUUGGGGUGAUUAAUCCUGACUCGAUUAUUGAGUAAUCGACUUUAAAUCAAAAUCUGUAUUUGAAACAAUGCAGCGAGCAAAUUGGCUGCAGUUUAGGAUGGAUGGUGAUGAAGGAUGGAUGAUGCAACACAUCCGACACAGAUUUUAAACUCUCGUUUCAGUGAUUUUACAAACUCAUGUCGUCCUUCUUGUGUAACAGUCAAACUUUUGAUUUGUGUCUCAUGUGGUAACGCUGCCCUGUUUGUUUUAAGUCCAUUAUACAGCAGUGAAUACUGAACUAAAGUUUAAAUGUAAAAAACUGUACCACAAAUUAAUUUGCAGGAUCCUCUUACCUUCUAUUUCUAACCAGAUAAAAUGCAGGAUGUCUUUAUCUGAUUGAAAAGUGAUUCUCUGCUGAAUCAGAUCAGCUUGAGGACUUCAGGAGAAAAAGAUGCCGGAGCGCACUGAUCGAUUAGAACCUUUUAACAGAACAAUAGUGUCUUCAUCAAGGUCAAAGUGGACAAAGACAUAAAACAAAUUCAUAUAUAGUCAACCUACACCACCAGAGAACUUGUACCUUGUCCAUAUGGUGUUUUCUAUUUGCAAAAUGGUUGAGCAUUUCGUCCUUGAAACUGCAGUGUACCGAUGACAAAUUCCGACUUGUGUGGUUUCAUACAUAACAAAUCUAAGAAACUCAAUCCCGUUAGCUUGCAGGGUGAAGCUUUCCGUGUCAUUAUUAUUCCUCAGAUUUAGUUUCAGGUUCCAACAUCUAAGGCUGAAUUACUCCAACAUUACAACUUGCCAUUAUGUAGUGUUGAGUGGUUCUACAGUGUUUUGGCAGAUCUGUAGCUCGAUCGCUGCCAUGUUUUCACUACGAAAAGCUCAUCUGUGUGCUUCAGCCUUGUUUUUCUCCUGAAGCUGAUGUAUUCCAGCUGAUGGACUAAAAUUUUAACUAAGAGGCAACUUGUGCCUGUACAUGAAGGUUGUUUCGUUGUUCAAACAGGACAGAAUGACCGGUUUUUGUUUAGCUAUUUCAGACUUGAUGCAAGUAAGCAAGUUAUCCAAAUACCUCCUUUCGAUUUCUGAUCAGAUCCACUUGAAAUGAAACCAGUAGGUCCUGCUUGUGAUUUCAGGCCUGUAAAAGCUCGACAUGUCUUUGUACAGCAGCCACACUUUAACGUGGGCCUGCUUUAAAGCUCGGCAGCGCCCCCCACUGUUCACUCUGAGACACGUCGGCCGUCAGGCGAGUGAAGCAGAACUGCAGACUGUCCUCUCAGUGUUUGUCCUUUGUGUCACUUUGUCGUCUUUUUGUAAACAUCUCUGUGUUUUAUUGUCCUCUUCAUGUACGUCGCCCCCCUGAAAGAAUACAACAAUAAAAUGAUUGAAACUGAAAA